GUGAACGAGAGUCCCCCGCGUAUCAAGCUAUCCCAUGAGGCUUGCAAUCGACUUUGGAUAUCCAAAUCAGAGAGAGAGAAAAGACUGUCACUUGACCCUCAGAUGGAGUCAGCAAGUGUGGAAUACAUAUAACUUAGCCGGAGCACCUUUCAAAACGAAUGACGAUGAUUGAAUCACUGUCAUGGAAAAGAGAUUCAUUGAACGAUCGCUGAUGGAAGCUUUGUUGCCCAGAUGCCUCCAAGUCGUUCAGGCACUGAUGCCAGCGGUCCUGUGUCAUUACCCCCAUCACUGCCUUUGUGACGAGGCUCUGUCACUUGGCUGUUGUUGGCCAAAUACUCAGCAUUUACUUUAAUUCUCUUAAUACACGACGUGUCAUCUUGCCUGCUAUUCUUCGUGU